AGAGGCCAUAUUUUCCUCAUAAGUCCUGUAUUUUAAAGCUUCUCAUUAUAGCAUACUUCUCAGCACACAGUUGGGGAUUACAGAAAUGAUCUGAGAUUUUCCUGACAGACAUGCCAUGGAAGGGAUCCUGCUGGGAGCGAUUGUGGUCUCUGUCACUGUGUCUCUGACAGCCUCAGAGUGUCACUGUAACACCACAAGCGCCUGCACCGUAUUCCCCUCCGCUCCUUGUAGCCAGGUUGGCAGUCCAGACAGAUGCCAUGAAGGAUGGUUUGGUCCGUACUGUCAGAAACAAAAUGUGGCUUUGGGUAGACCUUCCACCCAGAGUUCCACAUACAUUGAAAAUACAGAGAAGACAAGUAAUCUAAACCAUGCAUUCCAAGCACACUAUGGAGUAGAUGGCAGAGCUACCACAUCCUUCUAUAGUACACCACUGACGUGUACACAUACAGCCGCUGGAGAUCAACACCAUACUUGGACUGUGUACCUGAACACCUCCAGCACAGACCGGAUACAACACAUCAGACUCUAUCUGCGUGAUGACCGUCAAGAGAGAAGCAACGGCAUGGAGAUACUUGUGGGCAGCCAGAUGUGUUACAACUGGUCGCCAACUGAACAUCCUCCUCCUAUAGCUAACGUCUCCUGCCGUCAGCCACUGACAGGCAACAACGUCACUAUACGGGUGCCAGGUGGCUUCGAUUUACACCUUACUUUGUGUGAGAUGCAAAUAUUCGUGUGCAGUGACGGCUGGUUUGGCACAGACUGUGACAAACAGUGUCGUUGUCUGAACAACACGGGAGUCUGUGACAAGAUCACAGGACAGUGUCUUGGUGGCUGUGCUCCUGGGAACAGUGGCAUGGAUUGUCAGACACCAUGCCCAGACGGACGUUAUGGUGCCAAUUGUGCGUCUCAGUGUGGUCAUUGUCUGGAUACUGAUGUCUGUGACAAGAUGACAGGGAAAUGUCCUAGAGGAUGUCUGUUAGGAUGGUCGCCAUAUCUCUGUUCACAGUCUUGUCAAGACGGCUCCUAUGGUAUCAACUGCUCCUCCCAAUGCGGCAACUGCCUAAAUGGAGACAUAUGUGCCAAGACCACAGGGACAUGUCCAAGUGGAUGUGCACAAGGGUGGACUACUGAUACGUGCUUGAUUUCUUGUCAAAACGGUUCCUAUGGUAUCAACUGCUCCUCCCAGUGCGGAAACUGCCUAAAUGGAGAUGUAUGUGCCAAGACCAAAGGAACAUGUCCGAGAGGAUGUGCAUCAGGGUGGACCAGUGAUACGUGCUUGAGUUCAUGCCCAGACGGACGUUAUGGUGCCAAUUGUGCGUCUCAGUGUGGCCAUUGUCUGGACACUGCUGUCUGUGACAAGGUAACAGGGAAAUGUCCUCGAGGAUGCCUGUCUGGAUGGUUACCAGAUCUCUGUUCACAGGCUUGUCAAGACGGCUCCUAUGGUAUCAACUGUUUCUCCCAGUGCGGAAGCUGCCUAAAUAGAGAUGUAUGUGUCAAGACCACAGGGAAAUGUCCAAGAGGAUGUGCACCAGGGUGGACAACUGAUACGUGCUUGAGUUCUUGUGAAGAUGGCUCCUGUGGUAUCAACUGCUCCUCCCAAUGCGGCAACUGCCUAAAUGGAGACAUAUGUGCCAAGACCACAGGGUCAUGUCCGAGAGGAUGUGCACAAGGGUGGACUACUGAUACGUGCUUGAGUUCUUGUCAAGAUGGCUUCUAUGGUAUCAACUGCUCCUCCCAGUGCGGAAACUGCCUAAAUGGAGAUGUAUGUGCCAAGACCACAGGAACAUGUCCGAGAGGAUGUGCACCAGGGUGGACCAGUGAUACGUGCUUGAGUUCAUGCAGAGACGGACAUCACGGUGUCAACUGUCGAUCUCAGUGUGGUCACUGUCUGGAUACAGAUGUCUGUGACAAGGGGACAGGGAAAUGUCCUAGAGGAUGUCAGCCUGGAUGGUGGUCAGAUCUCUGUUCACAGGUUUGCAGUGACGGUCGCCAUGGACACCACUGUCAGUCCGAGUGUGGUCAAUGCAAAGGAAACCUGCCUUGUAACAAGAUCAAUGGAACAUGCGACCAGGGAUGUCAGCCAGGGUUUCAAGAACCCACUUGUAAAGAAUGCGUUGAUGGUAUGUACGGGGAUGACUGCAUGUCACGAUGCGGUCAAUGUAAAGACGCCCUGACCUGUGAUAAGUCCAGUGGGGAGUGUGCUGAAGGAUGUCAGGGCAACUUCAUGGAGCCCUUGUGCCAAGUUUGCAGUGACGGUCGUCAUGGACACUACUGUCAGUCCGAGUGUGGUCAAUGCAAAGGAAACCUGCCUUGCAACAAGAUCAAUGGAACAUGCGACCAGGGAUGUCAGCCAGGGUUUCAAGAUCCCACUUGUAAAGAAUGCGUUGAUGGUAUGUACGGGGAUGACUGCAUGUCACGAUGCGGUCAAUGUAAAGACGCCCUGACCUGUGAUAAGUCCAGUGGGGAGUGUGCUGAAGGAUGUCAGGGCAACUUCAUGGAGCCCUUGUGCCAAGAAUGCGUUGAUGGUAUGUACGGGGAUGACUGCAUGUCACGAUGCGGUCAAUGUAAAGACGCCCUGACCUGUGAUAAGUCCAGUGGGGAAUGUCCUGAAGGAUGUCAGGGCCACUUCAUGAAGCCCCUGUGCCAAGAGUGUGUGUGUCCGGCAACACCAGGAUGUUUAAACCGGGAAGCGCCAGUUGUAGCAACGCUCGUUACACUUCUCGUCUUGAUGGUCGUCGCUCUGUUGACAUCCAUCUUUUACAACAGAAGACUGACGCGGCAACUGUCUGCUUCACUAAAGAAGGUUGAAGAUAACUACAUUUCUCUAGAUGAGAAGACCAAAGACCCAGUUGUGGAAAACACAUAUGAACACAUUGGUCAUGUCAGUCCUUAUGUUAAUGCAGAGGAAGUCCAUCAGGGCCGAAUUUGAACUGAACACUUAAAAGCUACAAAUACAUGUCUGUUUAAAAGCAGAGUCCAUUGUACGAUUCCGCCAAUGUCAAACAUUUUCAGGUGUUUCAGAGUUUCAGGUGGACAAUUUAAUAGCCAUGAUAUUUGUUUUUACUGGUGUCACGUGUGGUGGAAGAUACGUUCACCUUUUCGCGAACACCUGUCCAUGGUAUGGUCAAAGUUUAUAAGUCAUUCAUAAACACAUGCCUAUGAUACGGUCAGAAUCGUAUAAUGGACUCUUCUUUAAGUACAAAUUCCUCAUGGUUAUUGAAGUGUUGUUUCGCUUUUAUUAACAAUACAGCUUUGACUGCUGUGUGCUCAUUCUAUGUGGUCGAUUGGGACAUGUGCUGUUCUGAACAGUUACCAGACUUUAAAACAUAGUUCUACCACAUGUACCUUGGACGAACAAAUGUUUCAUCAUUAGAAAUGUGCAUGCAUAAAAAAUGUGUUCCUUAUUGUCCGCAUGAACCCAUUCGAAACACACAGAGAAGUGGUCGAGGCUUCUUUAUGACAAGGAACUGUUGAAAUAAUUUAGGUCACAGAAUGUAAACGAUGAAUAUUUUUAGCUGUGUAUGUGUAGUUUGUUCAACAUAUCUCCUGGGACUAUGUUGGUGAAUAAUAUACAGCAUGUUGAACACAUGCUCCAGCGACAGUGUUGCUUACACAUACAGGAUUAAAAUACGAUAUAAAAAAUGAUAUAAAACAUUCUUUUAUUAACCAUUCCCUAUUCCCUAUAGACUUGUACCAUAUGUUCCCCUGUUUUUUUCAGAUGAACAAUUGACUUGCUUUUGCAUGUGUUUGUGACGAGUGCCACCGGGUGGCCAGGAUAAGCUCACAUUUUUGUGAACACAUGGCAUGAUUUCUAUUUGAUGAUGAUUCAUAAAUACAUAGUCGGAAUCGUACAAUCGACUCUGCUUUAUGCAGAGAUUUCUAUUGGAUAUUGAGAGGGUUUUGUCGUUUAUUUAUAUCUCUUUUUGAUUUCAUUGCUACACUCAGGGAGUGCAUUUUGACCAAUAUAAGAAUACUUAUGAAAGAAGGCCUUCUUAAAUGAAUGUCGCAUUACCUCUACUUGACCUUGUAUCUUUCUUCCUGGUUGUCCUCAUCGAGUUGCACGCUGUUCAGUCAGUUUCGUACGGUCUCUCCUUGAUUAAAUGGUAGUUUCUCUUUUGAUAGAAGGUUGUAACUGAUUUGAUGAAAUAUGAAGUUGUAACAUUAUGCAAUCAUAUUAAUACUGUGUUUCUCACAACCAGCCAUAACAUAUUUCAUACAUAUAUUAUGUGGGUGGUCUAUGAGGUGGCUGUUCCUUGAAUCCGUCUGUAUUCCUUUUUCAUAAACAUUUUCCCUUGUUCAAAUUGAAAGAUUCAUAGGACUGUUUGUUGGAGCGAAAAACGAACAACAUGUAACAAUAACUUUUCCUCUUUUUCGCCAACGGAUACAAAUACAUUAUUUUCAUUAUAUUUUCUAUGUACAUUGUGAACCCCUCAGUGCAUAUGUACAAUUGUUAUGGAGGCGAGGGAUAAGCCUUGCGGAUAAAGCAUUCACUUGUCAAACUGAAGACCAAAGAUACACAGAUACAGUGUGUGAAUCUAAUUCCAAGUGUUCCUCGAUAUGAUAUACAUUUUUUAAUAUUGCCCACAGCGAUGCAACUGUAACUAUAUCCCUGCAUUGAAAUAUUCAUAAAAUGUAAAACACCCUUCUUUAGUUUCAUAUCUGAGUUGCCAUCGAUACCUGCGAAAAUGAAAGUACAAGACCACUGUAUGUUUUGCUGAGACUAGGUCAUAUUAUAGGAUUUAAAAGACACAGAGGCGCAAAUAAGGGAUAGUCAAAUAACCAGUUGAUGCUCGAUUUUGGUUUCUAUAUUUCAACAUAUAUAUGUCUCUUUGUGAAAAAACCAAACGUGUUUCAUCAGAAAAUUAAUACGAUUUUUAGAAAUUGACUAUUUUAUAUGGUAAUAUAUAGUUGGUAGAGCUUAGUUUGUUAAAGGCCUAGGUGCAUAGCAGUAUAUGCAUAGAUAUUUGUCAUAAAUGUGUACCGUCAUAUCAUGUGUUACUCAUUCCAGGUCAGUAGCAGGUGUAUUGGAAUCAUAUUCUAGUACAUGAAUCCAAGUACACAUUUUUGUGGGGUUUUGGUCUCAUUUUUUAAACUGUGGUCCAGCAGCCUGACCAGUGAACACCAGUAUGUUGUUUAACCUUGGUGUUUUUAUCAAACAUCAUGAUCAGUCACGACCUUUCUGACUGGACUGACCGUAGUCAUUGGAAUGAAAUAAUAUCAUGUUUGUUUACUUAGUCUGCCAGAUCAGCGAGAAAAUAUUCAUAUGUCAUUUGGCUUUUCUUAUAAAAUAACAUGUUUAUCUCAUCUCGUGACGUGUCUCACAAAUAUCAGUUUUAUCCAGUCACUCCAUGAGACAAACAUGUUAUUUAACAAUAAAAACAAAAUAUCCUUUACGUAUUGAAUUGUGGAUUCUGGGAUUGUCCUACUGGUAUUUGUUUAUGAAAUAUAAAUAUGACAAAAUGAAAGCCCGGUAGUUGCUGCGUUCAAUACAAAGAUAUCUAGAGCAGGUUAUAGAAAGAGUCCAAUAGUGUUUAUUUUUAUGAUAUGCUGUACGCUGAAAUCAAUUAUCACAUACUCAUAUAUGCUUUUCAUUCAAAUAUGCCCUAUAUCAAUAAAUUCGAAAUAAUAUUUGUUAUA